AUGGAUGUUCAUAGGAAACGCGAGGAUGGCCUACACAACGCAGAUCGUAGGGCAAGAGAGCUAUACCGCUACUACCAGCCUGCUUCCCAAGCUGAGACGGUUCCAUCUUGGCUUCCUGCGAACGAUGGAUUCCCUUUUUCAGCAAUUUCAGCAAAUACAAUCACUCCACCGAUCUCCGAAGGCUCAAUGCCUUCACACAGCACAACUUCCCGACCAGCGACGGCAAUUGGGUCAGAAGCUCUCGUUCUAGGCACCUCGAAUAGUACCAUGACGUCAUUUGCUCAGCUAGCAGCCUUGCGCCUGAACGUCGAGCGGGUGUUUAUAUCUGUAUUGGAUCGUGAUCAACAACAUAUCAUUGCCGAAGCCACAAAAUCUCUCAAUCUGAACGAUCCGGCAGUUCACGACGACAAUGAUAGUGUCUGGUUGGGGGCAUCCGAUACCCGCAAGACAUGGAGUGUGUGCAAGGACACUGUUUCACUACCCCCCAAUGACCGCGAGAAUGGGGACUAUCAAUUUUUAGUCGUGGACGACAUGACGGAAAAUGAGCGCUACAAAAACCUUUCCUUCGUCGAAAAGGACCCCAACUUUCGCUUCUUUGCGGGAACUCCCUUGACAACCGAUAAGAACAUCAAUUUGGGUUGUUUCUUCGUGUUGGACAAAAAGCCCCGAGAUGGAUUGACACCGCUAGAGAAGGAUACACUGGGAUCUAUAUCGAUGCUUGUGAUGGACUACUUAAGCGUUUGCAGACAGGCUUGCGAAGGACGCCGGGCCGCGCGCCUUUCCCGCGGCCUGAGCUAUUUCGUUGAAGGAAGCUCUAGUUUUGUGGAUAAUAUCGACCAAUCGCGCCCCGACAGUGUCAGUCCUCCAUCAGCAACUCCGUCAUCUUGCUACAAGCGAAUGAGUGCCUCUGGUGGCUCUGGUAGAAACAGCUCAGAAAACGUAUCGCAAGCGCCGUCCAACAGUCCACCGAACGAUCGAUCACUCAGUACCGACGCGCGUUCUUUUAGCUCCGUCCCGUCUGAUUUGAAAUUAGACUACGAUUCGAAAUUGAGUAGUGGUUCAAAAGUUGAAUCGGGCACUGUAGAGAGCUCUCUGCCAGAAUGGUUGACAAGCAGCAGCCGAAAUCGAUUACCACCCGAUGAUUCACAAGGCAAUUCUUGGUGCUUCCGCAGGGCGGCCAACUUACUUCGUGAGAGCCUUGACCUUAAUGGCGACAGUGGGGUUAUUUUUCUGGAGGCAAACAAUAGCCCUUUGGUGGAUGCCGAUAUGGGGAGUGAUGGUUCCGACACAGGCGGACCUGCUUCUGUGCUGUCAGCAUCAACAAAUGAAGAACCGUUUGCUCCCCAGGCAGGGUCGAUGGCGACAUGCGCUGCGGCCAACUUGGACCGAUCUUUCCUCCAAUUGUUGCUUCGGCGGUACCCCAAAGGAAAGCUAUGGUCUUUUCACCGCGAUGGGCUCAUCUCGACAUCAGAUGAUGACGACCAAGAAGCCCAAGACAAGGCCCCUCUUGGAACUAGUGCCACUAGUCGGUCUCCACCUAAUCCUACACAACCUUCAAAGCCGUUGCGAAAACGGCGGAAAGCUGCGGAGAACUCAGUACUCAACCAGUAUUUCCCAAAUGCGGCGCAAAUCAUGUUUGUGCCGUUGUGGAAUGCAGUUUCUUCGCAGUGGUUCGGAGGGUGUUUCUGUUGGAGCACGAUUGAGACCCAAGUAUUCACCACCUCAGUCGAGCUCAGUUCUGUGCUUGGGUUUUCAUCGUCUAUUAUGGCCGAAUAUAGCCGUGUUGAAUCCCUCAUCGCGGAUCGCCAGAAGGGUGAUUUCAUUGGGAGUAUCUCACAUGAACUCCGUAGCCCGCUUCAUGGAAUCUUGGCCGCUGCCGAGUUUUUGAACAGCACUCAUCUCAAUGAAUUCCAGGACUCGUUGCUUGAGACCGUCAAUUCCUGUGGCCGGACGUUACUGGAUACAAUGAACCAGGUACUUGACUUUAGCAAAGUAGUAUCUUUGGAACGGACGUGGCGGUCAAUGAAACGCAAGAAAGAGUCACCGCUCGAUUUCAAAGGAUCAGACAAGCUGGCGCAUCACCUGGAUACGCUCGUGGCUACCGAUGUGGCCAUCCUCGCCGAGGAAGUAGUCGAAGGCAUUUGUCUUGGUCAUGUGUACGGCCAGAGCUCUACUGCUUCAGCUGAUCUGCCUGUAUUGAUGCCACAUCAAACAAAGUCGCAAAAUCAGCGGUCCAACGUCGAAGUUGUUAUUGACGUUUCGUUCAGAGAUUGGGUCUACCGGACUCAGCCGGGCGCUUUGCGACGCAUCAUUAUGAAUCUUUUUGGAAAUGCCAUGAAAUAUACAGAAUCUGGUCGUGUCACUUUAUCCUUGGCAGCAUCCAGUCAUUCUGAAGGACGAUCUCGGCGGGAAGGCCUCGAAGACUUGGUCACGUUGACAGUAACCGACACAGGCAAAGGCAUAUCGGAGGAAUUUUUGCGCGGAAAGCUUUACACGCCCUUUGCUCAGGAAGACGCCCUAGCUGUCGGUACUGGACUAGGAUUAUCAAUUGUUCGCAGUUUGGUCAAGGCUCUAAAUGGAAGCAUUCGAAUUCGCAGUCGUCCUGGGGAGGGCACUGUCGUACAUGUAUCCCUCCCCCUAGAGCGGCCUGUUGGCAAGGAAAGCCCGGUCGUCGAACCAUCUGGGCAGCUUAUCCAACAGAGAGAGACCCUGACCCAAACUCUUCUACUACGUGAGGGAUACCCUGGUAGACGAGCCUCCAUCUGGGGAGCUGAUCCAACCGAUGUGACUGCCGACUCUAACUGGUCUGAAAUUGCUCGAUAUCUUUCAGACUGGUACAACAUAGAGAUUGUCGCCUGGACACCGGAAGCCCAUAUUGAUCUUGUGCUUAUGGAUGAAAACGAUUUACCAAACUUCCGCACCGUUGCACCCUCGGUCACUUUACCUGCUCUUCUCGUCCUAUGCCACAAAUCGGUGGAUUACACCCUGGCAAAAUCCGAGUGGUUGCCCCUUGCUUCCUCCGUGAACAUCAUCCGGCGCCCCUGUGGGCCACACAAAUUAGCUCGAAGCGUAAUGAGGUGUUUGACCCACGGCCAAUCCAGAUCCGCGACACCAGCUUCCGCUCUGCAACCACUUAGUCUACCGCUCAGGACGUCCUCGUUGCCAUCUGCAGUCGCUUCGCCACUCCGAUCCUCCCCCGAUGAUUUUAGCGCCCCGGGGCUGGACUUCCCCGAAAUCCGCCCCAUGACGAUAUCACCGCUACAACAACCAUCACAAAUAACGACAUUACCCGAGGAGAUUUCAGAAGACCCCUUACCAGGACCAUUGGUAGAGGGCCCGACCAAAUCUCGGCGACUGGCACGAGUGCUUGUGGUUGAUGACAAUCGCAUAAACCUCAACCUGAUGAUGACAUUCCUCAAAAAGCGCCAGCUGACUGAUCUGGACCCAGCCGAGAACGGCAAAUUGGCCGUUGAGGCAGUUGAGCGUAUGCAGAGUGGUUAUGACAUCAUCUUCAUGGACAUGUCGAUGCCUGUCAUGAAUGGUUUCGAAGCUACCCGUGCCAUUCGCUCGCUAGAAAAGGAUACAGAUGACCGUAAGCCGGCUAUCAUCAUUGCCUUGACUGGACUCAGCAGCUCUCGCGAUGAGUCGGAUGCUAUGGCUUCUGGUGUGGACCUCUUCCUCACCAAACCGGUCUCCUUCAAAGAAGUCGCACGGCUACUGGAUGAGUGGGAAAGGGAUGAGAUGGUAACAGAGCGGAAAAUGGCAUGUUGA